ACGCUAAAGGAUGUGGUCGAUUGUGAGAUGAGGAAGAAAGUGAGGAGGAAGGAGUGCACUGAACUCUGACAAGCUCUCUGCAAACAACUCGCUGCGUGUUACUGAAACACAGAAAACGCCGGCGUAGAUCGGUGGAUUAUUUCAAUCUUUCUCAUUUUGAGAAUGUGUAAUGUUUUUGUAAAGAUGCACUGAAGACUAAGAGAAAAUGGAAGUGGAGGAGACUAGUGAAACGAGGACUUCCUGGUCAGGAGAGACUCACUCCAUCCCCUGUGAUCAUGCCGGAAAGAAGAGAAAACAAGACCCGACUGAGUCCACGACCAGAAUCAUAGAGGAUGAUGAGGAAGACGAGGAAGGUGAAAUGAUGUCUGAUCACAUGAAGGAUUCAGAGGAGCCCAGUAAUAAAAGAGUCAAACCUGUGGCAAAGUCCAAUAGCCUAACAGGUGUCAUAACCCCAGUGAAGACCCCUGCUCUGAAACGCAUUGGACAGUCCAUUUCGCGGUCUAUCAGUUUUCGCACAGAGGCUCGACCUUUGCCCCCGGGCCCCCUUCGUCCUCGCACAAAGGCAUCGUCAUUUCCACGCCGACGCAACAGCCAAUGCUGGAGUGACACUGUGGAGAGUCACGAUCUCACUGCAAAGGAGAUAAAACGUCAAGAGGUGAUCUAUGAGCUGACUCAGGGAGAACGACAGCUCAUCGAUGACCUCAUCCUGGUCAAGAAGGUUUACUAUGAGCCCAUGCUGAAGUUGGACAUCUUGACAGAGAGUGAACUUGGACAGAUCUUUGGUACACUGGACUCUCUCAUUCCUCUCCAUCAAGAUCUUCUGAGUCGUCUUGAGCGGCUGAGAGGAUCAGAGAAGACAGUUGGAGAAGUCGGGCCUACUCUGAUAGACUGGUUCCCUUUUCUGGAGUCCUAUGUUACAUACUGCUGUAACCAGGUGGGGGCUAAAGCUCUGCUGGACCAGAAAAAGCAAGAGAAAAGAGUGGAGCACUUCCUGCGCCUGUGUCAGGAGUCUUCAUUCAGCAGGAAACUGGAUCUGUGGAACUUCCUGGAUCUCCCUCGGAGCCGUUUGGUCAAAUACCCCUUGUUGGUGAAAGAGAUCCAGAAGUGCACACCUCCAGAUCACCCAGAUGAGGACACGUUGCCUGAUGCUCUGGAGUUGAUCCAGAGCAUCGUAGGAGAGGUGAACAAGAAGACAGGAGAGGCGGAGUGUCAGUUCUACAGGCGGGGUCUCAGCUACCUCGAAGAGAGUCAGAGACUACCAGAGAUCCAGCAAUCCCGCUUCCUCUACUGCCACGGAGAGCUCAAGAACAACAAGGGCCAGCGGCUGCAUGUCUUCCUGUUUGAGCUGGCUUUGGUGCUGAGCAGACCAGGAGAGGACAGAGAUGGAGGUCAGGUGUUCCAUGUGUACAGGCAGCCUCUGCCCAAUGCCCUGAUAAACCUGGAGGAGAUCCCAGAUGGUGAAGCUAGUGGAGGGGGCGCCUUCAGGGGAGCCUUCAGUGGAGGAAAUGAUAAAGUGAGGAACUGUUUCCGUGUGAGCAGCAGAGGGCGCUCCAAAGCUCACCCUUACAGCCUGCAGGCCAACGACUCCUUCAGCAAGCAGCAGUGGAUCACCUGUCUACGGCAGGCCAUUGUCCAGUCGCGGGACCGGACGGCUCAAACCAGCCAGUCCCAGUUCUCCCCUCACCCUGAUCCCGCCCUGUAUCACAUAGCUGAUCUCAGCCUCAGCUCGGACACAGAAAUGGCAGACCACACCAGUCGCUGACUGUUAGACUGAUCAUCAGGAGGCCCGGGGAGUAUCUGUACAUCUGUACAUUGACAUUGGAGAAAAGGAAGGAUGGACAGUGGAAGAAGAUUGUUUUCAGACAUGCAUAUCAAUUCCUAUGUGGAAAACAUUAUUUUCAUGCAUUUUCUGAAGGAUUGUGUGAUUGUGAUUGUGUACUGUGCAUCUUGGGAGCAGUGUUACUGAAUGUUAAUUUACAGUGUGAAAUAUUUUCAUUGUUUUUGUUGUUGUUGUUUUGUUUUUUUUAAAUAAACUGACACUUGAAAA